AUGAAGAACUUCAUUCUCUUGGCCGUUUCGUCCAUCCUGUUGGUGGACUUAUUCCCCACACACUGCGGGCAUAAUGUAGAUCUCUCCAGGGCCAUAAAUUUAAAUGGAGUAAGCUUCAAUAAUGUAGACGCCAGUUCACUUGGCGCCGCACAGCAGGGGACGCAGCACCACCAGCAGGGGGCCCAGCACCACCAGCAGGGGGCCCAGCACCACCAGCAGGGGACGCAGCACCACCAGCAGGGGACGCAGCACCACCAGCAGGGGACGCAGCACCACCAGCAGGGGGCCCAGCACCACCAGCAGGGGACGCAGCACCACCAGCAGGGGGCCCAGCACCACCAGCACAAAAUCCAGGUGGACCAGCACAAAACCCAGGUGGACCAGCACAAAACCCAGGAGGACCAGCACAAAAGCCAGGAGGACCAGCACAAAAGCCAGGAGGAGCAGCAAGAAACGCAGGAGAAGGAGCAGGAAAUGCGGGAGGUGAUAAUGCCCCAGAUGAAAAGUGUAUGCAGUGUAAGCUGUGGACAGGGUGUAAGAGUUCGAAGAAAAGUUAGUGCAUCUAACAAGAAACCAGAGGAACUUACUCUGGAUGACCUUGAGGUAGAAAUUUGUAAAAUGGAGAAGUGCGCUGGCAUAUUUAACGUUGUGAGUAAUUCAUUAGGGGUAGUAAUAUUGCUAGUCCUAGCAUUAUUCAAUUAA